AUGGAACAGGUGUCGUCUAUUUUAAGUAACAUAUUAUCAGUAGAAGAGGGGACAACACAAUCACAUCCACAAUCCAAAACACUGCUGAAUCGUAGUUCAAUUGAUGAGUCCCUGGAAACAUUAUCAAAGAAACCACAGCGAAGAUCCAAAGAUUUUGAUUUUUCUUCAUUUUGGAAAACAAGUGAUAAAGAACAAGAUACAACUAAUGGCGAAGACAGAAAAAAUGAUUUUGAAACUAUUGGAGAUAAGACAUCAAAGAAAACACUAUCCAACUCCUUAGAGCUGGAAGGCAAUGCCACUACUAUACCAUUACCAGCCCCAAGUUCGUCUUCAUCAGCACAAUAUAUGGCAGAUAAGUUAAUGGAGAAAGUGAUUUCAAUGAUGAUUUCAAAUGAAGUGGUUGAUGAACAAACAAGCAAGAUUCUUCAAGACCGAAUAGAAAUGCAGAAACAACGUCCGCCAUUGAGUAUUGCCUUGAUGCAGAAUAACAGUAAUGAGUUACACCGACGCAAUUCCGAUAUGUAUAUUUUCAUUGAUCAUGUACAAAAGUUUUUCAGUUGGCAGGAUCCUUUCUAUACAGUGGCAUGGUUGUUAAUUAUUACUCAUUUAAUUUUGAAUCCAUAUUUAUUUACUGUUUUGCCAUUAGUUCAAUUGAUCACUUCAACAUUGGUGCCACAUUAUUUAAUGAUUUAUCCACCAGAUGGUGUUGCCAAUCAAGAAUAUUUGGAGGUAAACCCAAAACCUUCAGACAAGCCAUUGAAUUUAUACAAGGUACCUAAACCUGUUCCCUUGUUUUCUCGUGAAUUUUUCAUGAAUUUCACAGACACCCAAAAUUUUAUGACUUUGAAUAUCAAAUUGUUUGAUUUUACAGUAUGGUUAACAUCGGAUUAUUUAUAUUUCAAAAACGAACAAAUCACAUCGGGAAUAUAUGUGAUUUGCAUAGCUAUGAUAUUUGGGAACCUAUAUUUAUUGCCAUAUAUUGUUCCAUUCCUAUUGAAUCAUUUUAUAAUUGUACAACUAUAUUUCAUUUUUAAUAUCUGGGCAAUCACAGCAAUUUUACAUCCUUAUCCACGAGGAUUGUUAUUAGAAUGGAUCUAUAAAGAAGACACGAGGUUGAACGUACAACAUUUUGUUAAUAAAAUAGAAGAUAAGUUGACUAAGUUUAUUGUGAAAACCCCCACAUUGGAACAAUCCAUAACAAACACGGAUUUACAACAUACAACUAAAGAUAUUGGAUCAAGUAACGAAAUUUUGGAAGAUAAUGAUACUAAAUAUGUUGAGAUAUAUGAACUACAAAAGUUGAAUACUAAGAAUAAAAUGUGGGAAGCUGUUGGAUUUACACCUAAUUUUUAUACUACAAACGAUGUGAUUCGAAGAUAUAACAGUGCCAUACAAGAAUUAGAACAGAAUGAUAAAUCGCAUACACAUUCUAAUGAGGACCCGCAAGAACCUCACAAAUUACCUUUGCUUAAACGAGAUACACUCUCUGAGAUUAGUCCACCACAGAACUACAAGUUCAUCCCAUCAGAAAAAUGGAAAAUAGAUUACGAUAUUAGUACUUGGGUAGAAAAUAAUUUAAUUCAAGAUCUUGUUAUUAUAGAUGACGAUGAAAAAUGGGCAUAUGAUGUGAUCACUGAAACAAAUCAAGACCAAAAACAGGAAAUAGAGGGGAAACAACUCGAUAAGGCAAUCAAUGAAAUGACUAUGAAUGAAAUUGAGAAAUUUACAGAUUUAACAAAAAGUACAGAGUUCUUCCGAAGAAGAAGAUGGAUUCGAAAAGUGACAAGAAUGAAUUAUAAAGAUCUUAAAGAGGAAUCGGUGCCAAUAAGUUCUAUUAGUGCUUGGGUAUAA